AUGAAAAGAUUUCAAUAUCAUCUCCUCCUAUUUCUUGUUGCAUCAAUGGCGAUAUUAAAAUUUUCAAUUGCCGGAAGCGAAGGUUCCGUACCAGUUGAAGAAUGUCCGGCUGCAUGUUCAGUUCGUUGUUCAGCAACACACCAUCCAGGAAAUUGCAUGGACGUGUGCAUAGAUUGUUGCAGUAAAUGUUUAUGUGUUCCUUCUGGAACCAGUGGCAACAAAGAUGAGUGUCCUUGUUACAGAGAUAGGAAAACACAAGAAGGAACACCAAAAUGUCCUUAA